AUGGAUUCCAGGGCUCAGGAAAAUAGCGUACCCGUAUACGCGAUAAGCGAGGUACCGGUUACUGUGGAGAGAAAGCCAUGGUUCAACAUUGAUGACUCCGCCCUCCGACACCCAGCCGUAGCACGUGCAAACCUUGCACCUUCACUAGAUACGCCUCAAGGAAGCACUCAAGAUGACUGGGCUGAAAAGCAUUCGCAUCAAACCGUCCUCCAACAGCACUGCGAUUUUUUCGACCGCGAUGGCGACGGCAUUCUCUGGCCGCAAGACACAUUCGUUGGUUUCUACCGCCUAGGUCUUGGAAUUUUAUUUUCUGCUUUCGCCGUCUUAGUCAUUCACAUCAACUUCUCAUACCCUACGUCUCCGGGGUGGCUACCAGAUCCCUACUUCCGCCUCUUCCUGAAAAACGUGCACAGGGCGAGACAUGGAAGCGACACAGGCACGUACGAUACCGAGGGAAGGUUCAUCCCAUCCAAAUUUGAGGAAAUUUUUACCAAAUACGCGGGUGGAAGAGACUACUUGACAGUUCAAGAUUUGAAAAACACAUUGAUGGGGCAGAGAAACAUCAAUGACCCUAUUGGUUGGUGUGGGUUCAUUUUUGAGUGGACCGCAACGUAUCUGAUGCUUUGGCCUGAAGAUGGUCGGAUGAUGAAGGAGGAUAUUCGCGCCGUGUACGACGGAAGCAUAUUCCAUCGAAUUGCAGAGAAGCGCGAAAACAAACUGCAGCAGAAGAGCCAGUAGGCCAAUGGAACGGCCACACAUCUCUAGUUCGUGCAGACAACAGCCAUGAACUCCAACAAGGGAAUGGCUAUUACUCCCCUUGAGAGGCUCUUGAUUGUUGUCAACCGAUAAUAGAUUGCCGCUUGUUCAUGUAGAAACGUAUAGCAGCCUAAAAUAAUCUUAGAAGGCGUUGACAAGAGGUGUAGCUGGUAGUUUGUUACUGCUUAGUCA